AUGGCUCAUACAAUCAAGGUUGGAUACAUCCAUGAUGUCCAAGAACUUGGGAACUCGAAAAAAACUGCUAUUCCCGAAAGAUUUGUGAAGGACAUCGACGAAAGACAAUCGCUCAAAAAUGUUAACACUUCUCUUUCAACUUCUAUACCUAUUAUCGACUUAUCGAAGCUUCUGAUGAAGGUUAACAAAGAUGAAUUUGACAUCGAGCUCUUGAAGCUUGUGGCUUCAUGUGAAGAAUGGGGUUUCUUCCAGGUGGUAAACCAUGGGAUUGACCUCGAAUUGUUGGAUAACUUUGAGAAAGUGGUGAUGGAUUUCUUUAAACUACCUUUGGAGGAAAAGAAAAAGUAUCCCAUGUUGCCGGGUACAAUUCAAGGUUAUGGUCAAGCUUUCGUCUUCUCCGAGGAGCAAAAGCUCGAUUGGUGCAACAUGUUUGCCCUCGGAGUGAUCCCUGAUUCUAUCCGUCAGCCACAUUUGUGGCCGCAUGAGCCUGUCACAUUUUGCGAAACGUUAGAGGAAUACUCGAAGGAAGUGAGGAAGAUGAUUCAAAAGUUGUUGGGAUUUAUCGCCAUGAGUCUCGGAUUGAAUGAGGACACCUUUGAGAAGAUGUUUGGCGAGUCCGUCCAAGCUGUUAGGUUAAACUACUACCCACCAUGUCCUAGGCCUGACCUAGUCAUGGGUCUAACCGCUCAUUCUGAUGGGAGUGCCCUUACCGUUCUACAAUUAAGGAAGGAUGACCCUCUAGGGCUCCAAAUACUCAAAGACAACAAGUGGGUGCCAGUUCACUAUGUUCCGGGCGCUCUUGUCAUCAAUGUUGGUGACACCAUUGAAGUGCUAAGCAACGGGAAAUACAAAAGUGUGGAGCAUAGAGCGGUGGCAAACGAGGAAAGGGACAGGCUGUCACUUGUGACUUUCUACGCUCCAAGCUACGAUAUGGAACUAGGGCCGGUGGAGGAGCUUGUGAAUGAGAGCAUGCCUGCAAAGUAUAAGAGGUACAACCAUGGUGAAUAUAGCAAGAACUAUGUUACUAGCAAAUUGGAAGGAAAGAAGUCACUUGAUUUUGCCAAGAUCAAAUAAAUCAUGCAAGUUAAGUUAUGUGGGAACUAGGGUUUAU